ACUUCAGAAAAUGCAUGCUCUCUUGUGGUCAGCUGGUUUCCAGCCUGGAGCGUCAAGCUUGCUUGCCACAGCAUCUAAAGAUAGGGUACCCCACAGGAAGCCAGAUGCGAUUGGCUAACUUUGCAAAUAAAGAUGCCUCAGAGAGAGGGAACCGCUAGCCUCUGGUGGAGUCUGUGUGGGACUGGGUAACUAGCUAUCACUUCCUGCAGAAGGUCCCUUCUCAUCUGCCCAGGACCUCACCAUGGCCACCUCUUUCCCUGAGUUGGAUCUGGAGAACUUUGAAUAUGAUGAUUCUGCUGAGGCCUGCGAUGUGGGCGACGUUGUGGCCUUUGGGACCGUCUUCCUGUCCAUCUUCUACUCCCUCGUCUUUGCGCUUGGCCUGCUGGGAAAUCUGUUGGUGGUGCUUGCCCUCACCAACAGCCGGAAGCCCAAGAGCAUCACAGAUAUCUACCUCCUGAACCUGGCCUUGAGCGAUCUGCUCUUUGUGGCCACGCUGCCCUUCUGGACUCACUAUCUCAUCAGCGACGAAGGCCUCCACAACGCUGUGUGCAAGCUCACGACCGCCUUCUUCUUCAUCGGCUUCUUCGGGGGCAUAUUCUUCAUCACCGUCAUCAGCGUCGACAGGUACCUGGCCAUCGUCCUGGCCGCCAACUCCAUGAACAACCGAACGGUGCAGCAUGGUGUCACCAUCAGUCUGGGAGUCUGGGCCGCGGCCAUCUUAGUGGCAUCGCCCCAGUUCAUGUUCACAAAGAGAAAGGAAAACGAGUGUCUGGGGGACUACCCUGAGGUCCUGCAGGAAAUCUGGCCCGUGCUCCGCAACGCGGAAGCCAACAUCCUGGGCUUCCUGCUGCCCCUGCUCGUCAUGAGCUUUUGCUACUUCCGCAUCAUCCGGACGCUGUGUUCCUGCAAGAAUCACAAGAAGACACGCGCCAUCAGGCUCAUCCUCCUCGUGGUUGUAGUGUUUUUCCUCUUCUGGACACCCUACAACGCCGUGAUCUUCCUGGAGACUCUCAAAUUCUACGACUUCUUCCCUAGCUGUGACACGAAAAGGGACCUGAGGCUGGCCCUCAGCGUGACGGAGACAGUGGCGUUUAGCCACUGUUGCCUCAACCCCCUCAUCUAUGCCUUCGCUGGGGAAAAGUUCAGAAGAUACCUCAGACAUCUGUACAGGAAGUGCCUGGCGGUCCUGUGCGGCCGCCCUGUCCACGUCAGCUUCUCUCCAGAAUCCCAGAGGAGCAGGCAGGAGAGCAUCCUGAGCAGCUUGACUCACUACACAAGUGAUGGAGAUGGAUCGCUCCUCCUCUGA